AACCGCCCCGCCUGUUCAGUCUUCCUUUGUGUUGCCACGUAACAAGGAUAACAACACUCUUUCAAUGUUAUAAACUGGGGCUUUGGCAAUUAUUGUCUUGUUUGAACCAAAACCUUAUUACUUCCACGUACAAUCGUCUCACUCCACGUCUUUCUAGACUAACCUACAUCCACUAUCAAGCAUCGCAACUCAAUAUGAGAAUCAAGGCUUUUAUCACCGCUGCCAUGACGGCCAUGGUUAUCGCCGACCAACAUCCCGGCGCCGAAAAGAUGUGCGGUCGUCUUGGGCCUAUGACGUGGGAUCCCAAUGACCUCCCUGAUGGUGUUGAUGUUAGCCAGAUCCGCAUGUGUGCCGACCAUCCUAUGGGAGCAGGUAAUUACUGGGGCUGGGGCGAAUAUCUCCCCAGCUGGGUUCCUCGUAACCCCCUGGCUGAUAUUCAAUGGGGACGAACCUACAGGUCAAAGGUGGUGACUUGAUACUAUAUAUGCGCAUCGUUCAUUUGAAACGAUGUUUUGGACAUGUAUACGUAGCGUGUGGUACCAAGAAUAAGUUGUAUCUACCUGCUUUCAGGCCAGCCAUUAGUAUCCAGUUGUCAAACUUCUAUGAACAGCAUCCUCGAGA